AUGACAACAAUUUCGCUCUCGCUAGCCCCGCCGGCGUUAGUACGGCUUCACGACGUGCUCAUAUGCUUGUCUAAAUUCAGUGACACAGUCGCCAUUGAAGCGGAGCAUGAUCUGCUUCGAUUAAGUGCGUUGAACUCCACUAAGACCGCGUUUGCGUCGUUUGCGUGUGAGAGGGAGGUGUUUUUCGAGGCGUACUCUUUUACGGUGCGGCGGAGUGCGGCUAGUAAUGGAGGGGAUCGAUUCUAUUGUCAGAUUCUUAUCAAAGCACUCUUGUCCAUCUUCCGCGGAAGAGUCGACCGGAAUAAAGACACUGCGGUUGAGCGAUGUGACAUGGAGCUUCACGAAGACCCGCAGCAAACAGAGUGUCGGUUGACAGUCAAGAUGAUAUGCGGACUAGGCGUGAUCAAGUCAUACAAGCUCACCUACGAGCCUGCGUCAAUUCAACACGCCGUCUUCGACAGAAGCAGAGCCACUAACCAGUGGACUGCAGACCCGCGAUUUCUUAAGCAGGUCAUUGAGCAUUUUAGUCAGUCUGCAGAGCAGCUUGAUAUGUACUCUGACUCUGGCAAGGCGGUGUUUACGAGCUUUACGACGAAGAUUAUGGAAGGAAAAGAGGUUCUCAAAUACCCCGUGCAUACCUCUGUCGCCACGGACAAGCGCGACUUUGAAGAAUUCCUAGUCGAGGACAACAUGCAUAUCGCCAUUAAUCUUAAAGACUUCAAAGCCGCCGUUGCCCACGCCGAGACCGCAAAUGCAACUAUAACAGCCCGAUACACCCAACCCUGCAAACCGCUCCAGCUAGCAUACGACUAUGAAGGUGUAAACGCCGAAUUUACCAUCAUGACCCGCGGCGAGAUCGACGGCGAGGCUGCACCGACCUCCUCACGUGCGGCGAUCCGAGAACUCUCACAGCGACAAACACCCGCGGCGCCAAUCUCAGUACGUCGAAACGAAACACCUCGCGAAGCCACUCAGAACCUGCAGAUGCCCCCACCGCCGCCACGAGCACGAUCAAUUCGGCCGUUAAAUGGGACAUCAACGCAGGAGCAUUUGUCGCGGUCGACGGCGAGCGAGAGGCCAAGUGCAUCGGCUCUUUCGAUGGAGUAUGAUAGUCUGUUUGUGCCGGCGGAUGAUGAUCGCCAGUGGGACGAAAUGAAUGAGGAGGAAGAGGAGCCACAAGAUAUUCUGGGCUGGGAUGCCAGUGGGCGACCGGAUGCAUUUGAGGGUACACUCCGAGAUGAGGAGCCUGAUUUCUCGAGGACGGGAAGUAAGACCAUCCAAGAGGCGAAAGAUGAGAUGGGAAUCCCACCGACACAGCGGAUAUCGCAGGUCCGCGGAUUUGGCCUUUUCGACUGA